UGCGCCGGGCUGUGUGUCUCUCGCCGCCGGAGGAAGAUGAGGCUGAAGAUCGGGUUCAUCUUACGCAGUUUGCUGGUGGUGGGAAGCUUCCUGGGGCUCGUGGUCCUCUGGUCUUCCCUGUCCUCGCGGCCCGACGACCCGAGCCCGCUGAGCAGGAUGAGGGAAGGCAGAGAUGCCAUUAACCCCAUGCCUAAACGAGGAGGCAAUGGAUUAGCUCCCGGGGAUGACAGAUUCAAACCUGUGGUACCAUGGCCUCAUGUUGAAGGAGUAGAAGUGGACUUAGAGUCUAUUAGAAGAAAAAACAAGGCCAAAAAUGAACAGGAGCAUCAUGCUGGAGGAGAUUCCCAAAAAGACAUAAUACAGAGGCAGUUCCUCACAUUUAAGCCUCAGACAUUCACCUACCAUGAUCCUGUGCUACGCCCAGGGGUCCUCGGGAACUUUGAACCCAAAGAACCCGAGCCUCACGGAGUGGUUGGCGGCCCUGGAGAGAAAGCCAAGCCGUUGGUUCUGGGACCAGAAUACAAGCAAGCAGUUCAAGCCAGCAUUAAGGAGUUUGGAUUUAACAUGGUGGCAAGUGACAUGAUCUCACUGGACCGCAGCGUCAAUGACUUACGCCAAGAAGAAUGCAAGUAUUGGCAUUACGAUGAGAACCUGCUCACGUCAAGCGUUGUCAUUGUCUUCCACAAUGAAGGAUGGUCAACCCUCAUGAGGACAGUCCACAGUGUGAUCAAAAGGACACCAAGGAAGUAUUUAGCAGAAAUUGUGUUAAUUGAUGAUUUCAGUAAUAAAGAACACUUAAAAGAGAAACUGGAUGACUACAUAAAGCUAUGGAACGGCCUGGUGAAGGUGUUUCGAAAUGAGAGAAGAGAAGGCUUAAUUCAGGCUCGAAGCAUUGGCGCACAGAAGGCUAAGCUCGGACAGGUUUUGAUAUACCUUGAUGCCCACUGUGAGGUGGCAGUUAACUGGUAUGCUCCACUUGUAGCUCCUAUAUCUAAGGACAGAGCUACAUGUACUGUGCCUCUAAUAGAUUACAUAGACGGGAAUGAUUAUUCCAUUGAACCACAGCAAGGUGGGGAUGAAGAUGGUUUUGCCAGAGGGGCCUGGGACUGGAGUAUGCUAUGGAAACGUAUUCCACUAAGCCACAAGGAAAAGGCCAAAAGAAAACAUAAAACUGAACCUUAUCGGUCUCCAGCUAUGGCCGGUGGAUUAUUUGCCAUUGAAAGAGAGUUCUUCUUCGAACUCGGUCUCUAUGAUCCUGGUCUCCAGAUAUGGGGUGGUGAAAACUUUGAAAUCUCAUACAAGAUCUGGCAGUGCGGUGGUAAAUUACUCUUCGUCCCUUGUUCUCGUGUUGGACACAUCUACCGGCUUGAGGGCUGGCAAGGAAAUCCUCCACCCCUAUAUGUUGGGUCUUCUCCAACUCUCAAGAAUUACGUUCGAGUUGUCGAAGUUUGGUGGGACGAAUACAAAGACUACUUCUACGCCAGCCGUCCCGAGUCGAAGGCACUGCCGUAUGGGGAUAUAUCGGAGCUCAAGAAGUUCCGGGAGGACCACAACUGCAAGAGUUUCAAGUGGUUCAUGGAGGAAAUAGCCUAUGACAUCACCGCCCACUACCCUCUGCCGCCCAAAAAUGUUGAGUGGGGAGAAAUCCGAGGCUUUGAGACUGCAUACUGCAUUGACAGCAUGGGGAAGACAAAUGGAGGCUUUGUUGAACUAGGACCCUGCCACAGGAUGGGUGGGAACCAGCUUUUCCGAAUCAAUGAAGCAAAUCAGCUCAUGCAGUAUGACCAGUGUUUGACAAAAGGCCCCGAUGGCUCCAAAGUCAUGAUUACACACUGCAACCUGAAUGAAUUUAAGGAAUGGCAGUACUUCAAGAGCCUGCACAGGUUCACUCACGUCCCUUCAGGAAAGUGCUUAGAUCGCUCAGAGGUCCUGCAUCAAGUGUUCAUCGCCAGUUGUGACUCCAGCAAGACAACUCAGAAGUGGGAAAUGAACAACAUUCACAGUAUUUAAAAAAGAAGAAAAGAAACCAACACUCUACCUACUGUCAAGUACAUUUAUGGAGGACUGAAAACCGCCUGGAACCUGCUGCAACCAUUAUUAUUAAUUCUGUACAGCUCCAAACAUGGAACCUCUGAUCAGCUCGAAGGACGUUGAUAAACUGUGAUUUUUACAAUAACAUUAUCAUCUGCAGUUACUGUUUACAAAACUGCUUUUACCUUAAACUCUGUAGAUGUUUACAUCGUUUUUCUUUUGUUUUAAGAUGACAUUGGUAAUUUGUGCCUUUAACUCAGUUUUCAGAACAGAGUUAAAGCAUAUGUUGUCUUCUUUGGGAAUACACUCAGGGGUCUGAAAGGCAGUUUGGUUUUUGUUGUUGUUGUUGUUAACACACUUGAAAAAAAGCUAAGGUUGAAGUAACCAGACUCUCCUAUUUGACUUGGUGGUUAUCAACCUGCUGUCUUUAUUUAAUUUCACAUCUUUCUGAAGCACUGCCACAGGUCGUUAGCCAUGGUGGCCUUCCUUCAGUCAUGCUGCUUGUUUGAAAGGUGAAUUUCAACACAUUUAGUGCCUCUUUCAUUUCUCAGUAUAAUUUUUGAGAGCUUAUAGUGAAAUUGAUACGAUGGUAACAAUGGAUGAAAUGUCACCUGUGUGGGGAUACUUCUGCCACUCAGAAAUGAGUUUCCGGGCUGCCAUUGAUUACGAAGUUGAAUGACGUAUGGCUGGAAGAAGAAUGACAGUGGGGACCAGCUCGAGGCCAUCCCAUUGGGCCUGAAGAUGCUGUGGCGGACUCCCCUGUCUGCUGGUAUUCUCGAUGCCCUCUGCUCACACCAACUUCUAGGCUAGCAAAGGGAUCUUCCUACUAAAAAGAACCAUUGCCCACCUACAUUUUGCAUCUACAUUCCCCAGGAUCUGUCACUAUAGAAAACUAGAAAUAAUUCUCAGUUUGAAACUUGAAAAGAAGGCUGGGGGGCAGGAAUACAACACAAUAGUCUAGUGUGAAUAACGUAAGGGCGCUUCUGAGCUAAGAAUUCCCAAGCCCUUGUUAAAUACAAAGCCUUAGAAAACUGCAGUACAGCCCAAGCUGUGAAACCAGGAUGAGCGGACACUUGUCUUCAUCCAAAGGAAAUGCCAUGCACAUUGUUUUUUAAUUUAAGACAGCACCUGAGAACACAGAUCAACAAAUGUGAACUGCGUUCUGUUACGUUAGGUGUUAAUUUCUAUUUUAGGAAAUGUAUUUUCUUUUAGUAUAUGCCAGUGAAAACAUUUAAUUUGAACAUUUAUUAAGACAAUACCUACUUUAAGAGAACCGAAUGUUGCAAAGUUUAAUUUCUAAGAAGUCUUCUCUUACCCAAAAAGAUAAAAAUGUCUACAUUGAGUGCUAAAAAAGGACGCAGUGUGAUUAGAUGGGACAAGCGGAGUGAGCAUGUGUGACCUUGUGAUCAUCACAAUGAGAGAAUUCACAAACUACUGCCAGAAGCAAAUAUUUUAAAUUAAAGCUUAAAAAAGAAAAAAAAAAGCUAACAUUUAUUUAGAAAAAAACAACUUUUUUCCCCAACCUUAGUUCUUCAGUUUGGACAAUAAAACUUACACAUCCCGAACAGUUUAUUUGUAAUUUUGAGUUGUCAGUUUGUAUUUUGCUACUGAUCUGUGAUCCACUAUUUAAACUUUCAUCUCUAGGGAUAUUUAAAAAGAAAUGCAUUUAUAUGCUCAUAUAAUUGCAAGCAAAUCAACUAUAAAAAGGAAAGCAAUCGAACUGGUAAUAACUUGUGUUUGAAAUCACCACUAUUUCCCAUGUUGAAUAUAGUAACCUUGUAUCUAUGCAUAGGCUAAGAAAGGUGGCACACAUACUGUGCAUGUCAUUUUAUGGGCAAAUUAAAUUGUUUUUAGUACAAUUUGUUAGGAUACUGUACGAACAUGAUUCUAUAUAUUGAAAUCAGAAAUCUUACCACACGUGAAAACAUCAGAAGCUGCCGCCAUAAUGACUGUUUUGUACUUUAGGCUGCUUUGAAAAUAAUCCCCAUAUCCUUGCUUUGUAAGUUGAUAAUAUCACUAUGCAUUUCUACACAUUUUAUAAAUUUGAUUUAUGCAGAUUUUGAUACACUGUAUGUUUCUGUAGAAAUUGUACAAAUACUCAAAAUUUUAUUAGGGUAAACUUGAGAAGCUUAUGUAUAUCUUAAUUCUGGGUUGCUUGUUUUUUAGGUGAGAAAAAUUAUAAAAAAUAA